AUGGCCAUGAGAUUCUUCCAACCCCCCCAGGGGCCCAAUCAGAAGGAACAGGAUGGCUCAUACUUGGCAGAGUUCCUACUGGAAAAGGGCUAUGAGGUCCAUGGAAUUGUCCGUAGAUCUAGCUCUUUUAACACUGGACGGAUUGAACAUCUCUACAAGAAUCCACAAGCUCAUAUAGAAGGAAACAUGAAGCUGCAUUAUGGAGAUCUCACAGAUAGCACUUGUCUGGUGAAGAUAAUUAAUGAAGUUAAGCCUACAGAAAUUUACAACCUUGGAGCACAAAGCCAUGUCAAAAUAUCUUUCGAUUUAGCAGAAUAUACAGCUGAUGUAGAUGGCAUCGGCACUUUACGACUCCUGGAUGCUAUCAAGACUUGUGGUCUUAUAACCUCCGUGAAGUUCUACCAAGCCUCAACUAGCGAACUUUUUGGGAAAGUGCAAGAAAUACCACAAAAAGAGACUACCCCCUUUUAUCCCAGAUCGCCAUAUGGGGCAGCCAAACUAUAUGCUUACUGGAUUGUAGUGAACUUCAGGGAGGCCUACAAUCUCUUCGCUGUGAAUGGUAUUCUCUUCAACCAUGAAAGUCCCAGGAGAGGUUAG